CGAGCCUCCAUGACAUUGGGCGCCCCGGGCGCGCGGAGAUGCUGAUUCGGAAGAAGCAGUGGCUGCAGUGCAGCGCCCUAGGCUGCUCUCGCGCCGCCGUCCGGCCUGGGCUCCUGUGCCAGAGUUUCUGAUCGCACCCGAACCAGGACCCCAGGAGGCUGGAUCCCCAGCACAGAGCAGCGGCGUCGGCGGCGCCUCAACUUCAACGCACGGAGUGACCCCAGACAUCUCUCUAAAAUGAGCGUGCUUAGCAGAAAGAGAUGUGUUCCCUACACUAGAAAUUACCCCGUCACAUGUAGUGGUGUCCCAAUUAAUGGAUUCUGACAUGGAUUAUGAAAGGCCAAACGUAGAGACCAUCAAGUGCGUGGUGGUGGGGGACAACGCCGUGGGCAAGACCAGGCUCAUCUGUGCCCGGGCCUGCAAUGCCACCCUCACCCAGUACCAGCUGCUUGCCACCCAUGUGCCCACAGUGUGGGCCAUUGACCAGUAUCGUGUAUGCCAGGAGGUGCUGGAACGCUCCCGAGACGUGGUAGAUGAUGUCAGCGUCUCCCUGCGCCUCUGGGACACCUUUGGAGACCAUCACAAAGACCGACGGUUUGCUUAUGGAAGAUCCGAUGUGGUGGUUCUGUGUUUCUCCAUUGCCAACCCCAAUUCCCUCCACCAUGUCAAGACCAUGUGGUACCCAGAAAUCAAGCAUUUCUGCCCCCGAGCUCCUGUCAUUCUGGUGGGCUGCCAGCUGGACCUGCGCUAUGCUGACCUGGAAGCCGUUAACAGGGCCAGGAGACCUUUGGCUAGGCCCAUUAAGCCCAAUGAAAUCCUCCCCCCAGAGAAGGGUCGGGAAGUGGCCAAGGAGCUGGGGAUCCCUUACUACGAGACCAGCGUGGUGGCCCAGUUUGGUAUCAAGGACGUCUUUGACAAUGCCAUCCGGGCUGCACUCAUCUCCCGCCGCCAUCUGCAGUUCUGGAAAUCUCAUUUGCGCAAUGUGCAGCGGCCUCUACUGCAAGCACCCUUCCUGCCCCCGAAGCCACCGCCCCCCAUCAUUGUGGUGCCCGACCCCCCCUCCAGCAGCGAGGAGUGCCCCGCCCACCUCCUGGAAGACCCGCUCUGUGCGGAUGUCAUCCUGGUGCUGCAGGAGCGCGUGCGCAUCUUUGCCCACAAGAUCUACCUCUCCACUUCCUCCUCCAAAUUCUAUGACUUGUUCCUCAUGGACCUGAAUGAGGGGGAGCUGGGGGGCCCCUCAGGGCCAGGGGCCCCCCGCCCAGAGGACCACCGGAGCCACCCUGAGCAACACCACCAUCAUCACCAUCACCACCAUGGGCGGGACUUCCUACUUCGGGCAGCCAGCUUUGACGUAUGUGAGAGCGUUGACGAGGCUGGGGGUUCUGGUCCUGCUGGCCUACGGGCUUCAACCAGUGAUGGGAUCUUACGGGGUAACGGAACAGGGUACCUACCAGGCAGGGGGCGUGUGCUCUCUUCCUGGAGCCGUGCUUUUGUGAGUAUCCAGGAAGAAAUGGCCGAGGAUCCUCUGACCUUCAAAUCCCGGCUGAUGGUGGUGGUGAAGAUGGAUAACUCCAUUCAGCCAGGGCCCUUCCGGGCUGUUCUCAAGUACCUGUAUACAGGGGAGCUGGGUGAGAAUGAGCGGGACCUCAUGCAUAUCGCCCACAUCGCCGAGCUGCUAGAGGUCUUUGAUCUACGCAUGAUGGUGGCCAACAUCCUCAACAACGAGGCCUUCAUGAAUCAGGAGAUCACCAAGGCCUUCCAUGUACGCCGGACCAACCGGGUUAAGGAGUGUUUGGCAAAGGGCACCUUUUCAGAUGUGACCUUCAUCCUGGAUGAUGGGACCAUCAGUGCCCAUAAACCCCUGCUGAUUUCCAGCUGUGACUGGAUGGCUGCCAUGUUUGGGGGGCCAUUUGUGGAGAGUUCUACCAGGGAGGUGGUGUUUCCGUACACAAGCAAGAGCUGCAUGAGAGCUGUGUUGGAGUACCUCUAUACAGGCAUGUUCACCUCCAGCCCAGACCUGGAUGACAUGAAGCUCAUCGUCUUGGCCAACCGCCUCUGCCUGCCACACUUGGUCGCCCUCACAGAGCAGUACACAGUGACCGGACUGAUGGAGGCAACCCAGAUGAUGGUGGACAUCGAUGGUGAUGUCCUUGUGUUCCUGGAAUUGGCACAGUUCCAUUGCGCGUACCAGUUGGCUGAUUGGUGUCUCCACCAUAUCUGCACCAACUACAACAACGUGUGCCGCAAGUUCCCCCGAGACAUGAAGGCUAUGUCUCCAGAAAACCAGGAGUACUUCGAGAAGCACCGGUGGCCGCCUGUCUGGUACCUGAAAGAAGAGGACCACUAUCAGCGUGCGCGGAAGGAGCGUGAGAAAGAGGACUAUUUACACCUGCGGAGGCAGCCCAAGCGGCGGUGGCUGUUCUGGAACAGUCCCUCAUCACCGUCCUCCUCAGCAGCGGGCUCCGCGUCUCCGUCCUCCUCCUCGGCCGUGGUCUGAGAAGCUGCCACCCUCUUCUGAUCCCGCUGCUGUUGUCAUUAGCCCUUUGUCCUUCCGCUCUUCUGUAUCAUCCCCUCCACUCGACAGGGAAUGGGGGAGAUCACCUAACCACAACCCUAAGGGCAGAGUCGUUCUCACCAGCCAAUGUGGCUCAGGCUAAGAGGAGCCAGGCCCUGCAGAUCAGAACAGGGUCCACCUACAAUUCCAGGCAGGGUAGGGGAAAAACGUCUGCCCCAAGGUGGGGAGCAGGAAAAAGCUCAGAGCUCUGGUAUUUUCUCUCUGGACUUUAACAAUAGAGUCGGUGUAGGAAAGCUUCCUUGUACAUGGGCUUGUCUGCAUUGGUGUCUGCUUUGGCUAGGGAGGCAGCUUCCUUCCUCCCCAGGAGCUGGUCAUGUUUUCUACCAACAGACUUCUGAGAAUAGCAAAAUAUUUUGUGAGCAUCGUCCUGCGGG